AUGCAACGAUCCUGUGACACUUUAAGCACAAAAGAUUCAUAUUCGUCCCCUAAUAUUGAUGUAGUCCCUAAAUCAGGAAGCAUCAAUAAACCAAUUCGAAAACGAUCCAAAGCAUCAAAGAAGACACCCACAACUCUCCUCAAAGCCGACACAACCAAUUUUCGUGCCCUUGUGCAACAAUUCACCGGCUGUCGAAGUGCAAGGGCUUACAAAGGACCCAUCAACUUGAACUUUGCAGUUCCAACACAGCACAAUGAUUUUAAUGAAACUUCAACUGUUUCCCCACGUGGACACAAUUACAAUACCCAGAAGACUCACGAGCAACACCAGAACUACCAGCAGAAACUCGAAGUCGAGAAAUUUCAUGAAGAUCAAGAAGAUCUUAUACCUGAAGAUCAUUCCUCAGCUGGAACAAGGAUUAAUGAUGAUUUUAGGGAAUAUUAA